CGGGACUCGUGUCCUGCCUGCCUGCCUGCCUGCCUGCCUGCCUUCCUGCCUGCCUGUCCUUAAUCAGCAGUUACCCCUAUUCACAGAUGACAAAGAAACCGGGUGGGUGCAGCUGAACCUGUUCUUUUUCUUCUCCAUUUUUAACUUAACUCUCUCUCCACACUGGAGGGAGAGGAAGAGGAGCAAGGCCGUAUUUGUUUUUUUUUCCUGUCUGUGUUUUUUUUAAACUAAUAUUGAAAGUGGCUUCAGGACAUUUAACCAAGUGAAACAGGAACCCUACGCCACUGAAUGCAGGAUGGGGUCGGACGAGUCGUACAAUUUUGUCUACAAAGUGGUUUUGAUAGGCGAGUCUGGAGUAGGAAAGAGCAACCUUCUGUCCCGCUUCACAAAAAAUGAGUUCAGCCACGACAGUCGCACCACCAUCGGUGUCGAGUUUAGCACGCGGACUGUUCAGUUGAACCACUUCACCAUCAAAGCCCAAAUCUGGGACACAGCGGGGCUGGAGCGAUACAGGGCUAUCACAUCAGCGUAUUACAGGGGAGCUGUUGGAGCACUGUUGGUCUACGACAUGAGCAAGCACCUGACCUAUGAGAGCGCAGAGCGUUGGCUGAAAGAGCUGUAUGACCAUGCAGACCCUCACAUCGUGGUGAUGCUGGUGGGAAACAAGAGUGACCUGGAGACCCUCAGGACUGUGCCCGCAGACGAGGCCAAAGACUUUGCAGAAAAGAGAGGCCUCAUGUUUAUGGAGACAUCAGCACUGGACGCCACCAAUGUUGAAGCUGCUUUCAAUGAGGUCCUCACAGCGAUCCAAAAGAAGGUGGCCAGCAGAGAGGUGACCCGCGGCUCCAUCAGUGCUGUGACCCUGUCCAGCCCCAUCGGACCCACCAGUGAGACAGAGCAGAAGGAGAGGAGCUGCUGCAAGAGCUCCUAACAGACUGCUGCUCCAUGAGGACCUGCUCUGUCCAUGUAUGACCAGCAUUUUAUUUGACUUGAUGUUCAGACUCGAGCAUGACAUCACUCACACACAAGAGCGAGGUACCUGGUUGACACCUGAGCAGUCAAAGCCUCUUUAAAUAUAAAAGCUGUACAGUAUAUAACUAAAAUAUAAGAAAUUGAUAGAUGCAAAUGCAAAGUAAAUCUAUUUUAUGAAGUAUAUUUCCAUUGGUGGCUAAUUGACAGCUUUUGCUACAGAUUUUGCUACAGCUGUGCUUUUUUCCCUUCACCAUGUCGUUUUAUAAAGGGGCAUUGUGAAAUUGUAUUGCCUUCUUAAAGGAUUGCACUGGGAUUAAUUUGGAAUAAAUUAUUUAUGUUUUUCUGUCUGCAAGUAAUUACCUCACAAGGACCUGAAUUUAUUUGUCUGCAUUAGACACAUUAUCUAAACAAGAUGGGGAAACAACAGGAAGAACUGAUGUGAAAUAAAGACAGCAGUGGGG